CCGUCUUGCAGCGUUUUGUGUUCAGACAGAAAGUAGGCUACAGGAGGCCAGACGUGAAGUCGACGGACGAACAGAAUAAUAGAGAUCAGAUACAUUGCAUUGAACACCAUGUUUAAACUCGCUGUAGUCGCUCUUGUGCUUCUCAGCGCCAGCUGUUUUGCCAAACAAUCUGACCCCAAAGUGCAGGUGUACAGCCGCAACCCCGGAGAGUAUGGGAAAAAAAACACGCUGAUCUGCUACGUCAGUGGCUUUCACCCCCCUGACAUCACCAUUAAGCUCCUGAAGAACAAACAAGAGAUCCCGGGCAGCCACCAGACCGACCUGGCCUUCGAGCAGGGCUGGCAGUUCCACCUGACCAAGUAUGUGGACUUCACCCCCCAGGUGGGAGAGGAGUACACCUGCAGCGUCAGUCACAUGAAUAAGCCAGAAAAAUCUUUCACAUGGGAACCUGACAUGUGAACAUACAACAAUUCCUGGAAGUAACAGUUCAUUCUCUUCAGCUUCCCUCCAAAACGUCAAUCCUGCUUCGAUUUCUUUUGUUAAUUUAGGGGUGUCCAGUCCUGCAGAGUUCAGCUCUAGCCUGCUCCAACACGCCUGUCUGGAAGUUUCUGGUAACUCUGAAGACCUUGAUUUUAGCAGGUUCAGGUGUGUUUAAUUGGAGCUAAACUCUGCAGGAUAGUUACAGCAGUAGAUCCACCCCUGAUAUCAUUUCUCAGCUUCUCUGUUUGGGACAGGGGUGUCUGAUCCUGCUCUCAGAAGGCUGGUGUCGUGCAGAUAUUAACUCCAGAACUAAUCAAACACUCCUGAACCAGGACUGGACACCCCUGCUUUAGGAUAUGCUGCCUGUGUUGCAGACUGCAAUAUGUUUUCUUUUACACGAUGAGGACAAAUGUCUAACUUUAUAAUCUACUUAAAUUGUUUUUUUUGGUGUGUAUCUUGAUAUAAUUAGUAGGGUGACAGAUGAAGAACAUUUACUAUAUGUCUGCAAUAUAUAUCAGCAAUUUUCUAAAACCUUGGGUGAGGAAUUUCUUGCCUUAAUUUAGUCUUUAUAACAAUAGCACUUAAACAUCUUAAUGUCUUUUGUUUUGAAAUGUAUUUAAAAUUAAUUUGAAGAUUCAGGAGAGGUGACUUUUUAGACCAUUUAAUUGGUAUAAUUGCUGCAUACAUGCUCAAACAUGUUUUUUAGUGUUUAAUAGCCUAUAGCUUCCAGCUUUUGGAAAGAUGUAGUGUCUCCAUAAAUAAAUCAGAGUUUCGAUCAGUGACAAAAGAUUAAAAAUUUGAAACGUAAGCCAAAUUCUGUUCAUGAUUUAUGAACAUAACUGACUGUAGAAUGCCUUGCAAUUCAGUUCAAUAAAAUAUUGUUCCUUCUUAA